AUGGAAAAAUUGGGAAACUUAUGGCCAGGGACUUAUUGCUCAUGGAAACCAGAGUGGGAUUCUCUGCCUUCCAUUGAAAGAUCAAAGCUUAAAGCUCGACAAGGGGUGCAGCAUGUUGGUUUGGAAGAGGUUGACAUAAAAGAUCCUGUCACUACGGAAAGUGUAACACCUGAUGGUAGUACAGUGGAUGAGAUUAUGUUAAGGGGAAACACUGUUAUGAGUGGUUAUCUUAAAGCCUUGAAAGCAACAAAGGAAGCUUUAAGAGGUGGAUGGUUGUGGAGCGGGGAUCUAGCUGUGAAACAUCCAGAAAAUUACAUCGAUCGAAGUGAAGGACCGGUUGAAAGAUAUAAUCAUCUAUGGGCGAGAGAACAUAAGUACAGUUGA